ACGGUUCCGAGCCAGUGUUGCGAACGGACGUCCUCGGCGGAACGCUGUUAGCAAGUCUUGGCGGUGCCACCAUAGCAAAAUCAGUUCCCAGUUCCCUCUUCCUGCUAGAUACGAACGCGGUGCGCAAAUGUUCGCCAUAGUUUAGCCUAUCAGAUGGUUUUGAUCGAUGGAUGGUGGAACACCGUUGGAUGAAGAAUAUUUUCGGUCAUUUUUGCAGUUUUAUGUGAUAUUGUAAAUUGUAUAGUGCUUGAUGUUUUGGGAAUGGUUUCAUACGAAACGAAGAAAAGUGUUGGAACUAUCACAUCAAUCGUUUACAGUAUUGUAGAUUGAUACAUGUACAGUGACAAUAAGAGGAUUAUAUGAAAAAAAAAAAUGAAAAUUUUCGCGGAUUUCUUCGUUGGACUUGUCAUACUGAAACUUGUAGCAGCAGCUAGUUUGAAUGAAAGUUUAGAGGAUUCGGUAGUCGUAGAAGCUAGCAGCGAGUUUAAACCACGCCAACCACGCCAUAUAUGGCUGUCGACGCGUACAACCACAUGGGCCCAGGCACUUGGAGACGGGAGCCCUUGUUUGACCUCAAAAGGACACCUCGGAUUCUGUACGUCAUUUAGAAAAUGCUAUCCUUACUUCAAGGUUCCUGAUCUGAGUGUGUGGGAAUCAUGGGUGCUCGGGAAUUACGAUACCUGCAGUUAUUUCAACGAAGAAGGAAGACAGGCAUUCGGCGUAUGUUGUACGAAUCCAAUCACACCGAUCCCUUCUACAGAAUCAAGUACCGAGUCUAGUAUCACAACACUGGGUACCGCAAACGAAAUAGGCGAUGAAUCAAAGCAGAAACCGCCAAAAAACAAUAACUACCCAAGUUGGCCUCCACCAAUUCCAACUCACCCGCCAGACCACACGCCCGCAACUCACCCGCCAUCCUUUACCACAUCGACUGUUGUCUCUCUGGUAUCCGAUUCGACCACCAAAAAACCAGCAAGUACAACAUGGCCAACGAAACCGAUGCGCCCUACAGGACCGAAUCAACCUAUGAAUCCACCAAUGAUUUGGCCUCCACCGGUCCCCACUCAUCCUCCAACGCCAUCGAUUGAGCAAACUACGACCAGUUCGAUUGGCAGUCCUGGAGCUGGAAGUGGUUCGUUCAAUGGUGGAUGCGGUAUGAAAAAUGGAAACCCGGACACGGAGCGGAUAGUCGGUGGUCACAAUGCAGAUCCUAACGAAUGGCCCUGGAUCGCGGCACUGUUCAACAAUGGACGCCAAUUCUGCGGUGGUUCGCUGAUCGACAACAUUCAUAUCCUCACCGCUGCCCAUUGCGUGGCUCACAUGAGCUCUUGGGACGUGGCUCGCCUGUCAGUGAAAUUGGGAGACCACAACAUUAAGUCCAACACUGAGGUAACGCACGUCGAACGACGCGUAAAACGACUCGUGCGACAUCGUGGAUUCGACUCGCGAACAUUGUAUAAUGACGUUGCAGUGUUAACCAUGGACCAAGCCGUACAGUACACGAAAUCGGUUCGACCCAUCUGCUUACCAGCAGGAGAUAACACCAGAGCUUAUAAUGGUCUAACAGCGACUGUGAUCGGUUGGGGAAGUUUGCGAGAAAAUGGACCGCAGCCUUCAGUUCUGCAGGAGGUGAAUCUUCCAAUUUGGUCGAACGGCGAAUGUAGCCGAAAGUAUGGGUCCGCAGCUCCAGGCGGUAUUAUAGAAACAAUGCUGUGCGCGGGUCAAUCAGCAAAGGACUCUUGCAGUGGAGAUUCCGGCGGUCCGUUGAUGAUCAGCGACGGCAGAUGGACUCAGGUUGGUGUUGUGUCAUGGGGAAUCGGCUGUGGCAAGGGCCAGUAUCCCGGAGUGUACACCCGAGUGACAGCAUUCAUGCCUUGGAUAACGAAGAAUACUAAGGACAACUGAGUGGCUAGCCAAAACGUUUGCAUAAUAAAUCAAUCAUUUUGACAAAAAACCAGCAACGAUCCGAGAAGAUUACAGCAAAAGUUUUUUUUUUAUCAAAACAACAUUUAACAGUAACGUCUAAUUCCCUGCUAUCUAACUAAGAACGCCACACUUGCACUUAUUAGUUUUUUUAGUAUAAACUUGUAAUUGAUGCCAUUUUAAUCAUA